AUGUCCUAUGAGGGAACACACGUGAUUUUCUUUCUGGACACUCAGGGGACAUUCGAUUUGAAAACGGCGAGGAAUAUCUCGGCGUGGAUCGCUGGGUUUAGUCUACUCAUCUCUGAUGUUCAGAUUGUUAAUCUUCGAGGAAAUAUCGGCGGUGAUGAUCUUCAUGAUUUGAAUAUGUUUGUUGAAUCAGCUGCGGCUUUUAAGGAAGGCUCAGUGGCAAAGAGUCUAAUUUUCGUGAUUCGCGAUGCGGCUGAUUGGAAAGAGAGCGAUUUUCUUGAGAAAUUAUGGAAACAAAAUGAGAAGUCGAAAGAAAUGAAAGAAAUCGCUGGGUCGUUGAAACAUCGCUUUAUAAAUGGAAUCGAUUGCGUUUGCGUGGCGCCAGUUUCGGAUCGGAUUCGACGAGCUGAUCGAACGAUUGAGUUACAAGAAGAGGAUCAAACACUGAUCCAAUGCCUUAAACGAGUUCAACAAUUGAUCUUUGAAAAGUGUCAGCUUGAGAGCAAAGCUCAACUACAAGCUCCUAUCGAACUAGCCAAAAAAAUCACGGCUUAUCUCCAAGACGAUGCACCGGAGCUGAGACCAACUGUUCAGGUGAUUCAAGAAGCCACCGUAAUCCAAGCAGUAAACAAAGCAUUUGAUGUCUUUGCGAAAGCAAUCAAGACUUCGACUCCGGAAACUUUGUCAAUGGCUGAAGCUUUAGGGAAAGCUGAAGUUCAUCGAAAAUUGGAAACCCUGUUGCUGAAAAAGGAAAACCUCAUUGCUGAAGCUCACGCUUUGUUGGAUCCAAAGAUUGAGGAAAUGAUUCUGGAGAAGAAAAACGAGUUUGCUCAACUGAAAAAGGAGAAAGACGAGUUGAAAGCGGCUGAGAAGUCUGCCCAAGAAUUUAGAACGAAAAUUCACAAGAUUUCAACUCUAAAAGAGGCUUUGCACUGGGAAAGGAAUUCAAUUCUUGAGAAAUACGGUAGCUUUACAAUGCCCUCAACGACCAUUCAGUCAAUAAAGGAAGCGCUGAGCACUAAAAUUAUCACUCUUAAAUCGCAAUUCAUUGAAACUCGACUCAAUGAGCUGAACAAUGAGCUCCGAGCUUACUUGCUCAUGACCAGCUUUGACAAUGUUCCAGAAGAAGAUCAGAUCAAAGUCCACAUUAAAAAAAUGCUUGAAUCUUUCAAAAAGGAGUGCUUUGAAAAUGCUAUCGAAAGUGCAGAGUUUUGCAUAAUCGAGGGAAAGGUUCAAACCACUUUGGAGAAAACGGGUUUGAUUUGCCGGAGCAUGCUUGCCUCAAAGAAAAUCGCAGAGAUGAAAAAAGCUGAGCUUGAAGCUGAAUUGGCUGCCGAGAAACACGAUUCCGCAAAUUAUUCCGAUAUUUCUUCUGAUUCGGAAAAUGAUCUAGAGGAAGAAUUCACGGAGUGCUUCAUUGCCAAUCAACUUGCCACGCACCAACUCACCAGA